AGUGCUCAGUUGACCUUUUGAUGUCUUUGCAAAAUCUUUGUUGUUGCCUGGGUAAUUGCAGAAAGGGAACUCAGACAGUGUAUAGAGGAGAGGGCAAUAACUAUAGGCAUGACAUUCACAGUGAACAGAGUGAAGUAGACAAAAAAGCAAAAACAACGCCAAAAGAGAGGAGAAAAAAUGAAGAGAACUCAUAGCGAAUAACUCAUAAGAACUCAGCAAAUGUCACCAGAAGGUGUUAUGAUUGAAAUAUCUGCUAAUAGGGUAAUGUCACUGUAAGUAUGUGUUUGUUUUAGCUUUAGUCUGUCUUCUCUGGCAGGUGAGUUUGACAAAGUGAACUCUCUAAACACAACAUGCCUCAUCAGAGUAAAGCUCUUUGCAUGAGUAAAGCAACCUUUGCAUUUCCUCCAGACUCCCGAUACACAUUGCCAAGUUUUCACUGGCUAUUAUCGGUCUAUCUCUUCUCACAUUUUUUGUCUGAUAAAUACACACAUAUAGGCCUACACACCAGUUUGUAGUUGAAAUAGAAAAGCCUUUGGACAUUGGUUGGCUCAGUAGCAUGUCUGUCCAUCUGCCUUACGGUGACUCCGACGCACUCGGUGAGGUCAGCGUCCUUGAAAAGCCCAGGCUGGCUAAAUACACGGUUGGCAAAACGACCUAUUACGCUCCGGCUAUCACAACAUUUCUGUGGAAAAAUGAUAAGCCUGCGCACCAGGUGUAGAGAAACUGCUUCAAUGAACAACAGAGGAAAUAAGCAUUUCAGAGUGUAUUGUCCUCAGGGUCUGAAAGACAUUGGGUGGGAUCACAUGCUCCCAGUAUAAGAUCAUAGAAAAGUGGGAUCACAUGACUUCAUUGGAGACGUAUGGCAGUGCAGCAGUAUGUAUGUUAUCAAAAGUUAGUCACAGGUCAGAAAGGACUGGCGCGUUGUGAAACACUGUUGGUUAUGAGAAGCUGCAGCCACUCGGCCAAUUGGCAGGUCCCCAGAUGUGUGUGGAGGUUGCUUUCUGGUGGGCGGUGUGCUGGAGAGGCCUCAUCCUGUGGGCAGUGGGGCUAGUGUCAGUAGCCGACUCCCUGUGGCCCUGCCCCCUGCGCUGCGAUUGCUACUCCGAGGUGCUGAUGGUCAACUGCUCGUGGCGCCACCUAGCGUCCGUGCCCGAGGGAAUCUCCGGAGACUCGCAGCGGCUCGACCUCUCUCAUAACCGCCUCAAGGCCCUCGGCCGCCGGCAGUUCUCGGGGCUCGGGCAGCUGCGGGAGCUGGACCUGAGCGACAACAUCCUGACCAUGAUCGAGGUGGAGGCGUUCCUGGGGCUCCAGAACCUGCUCACGCUGCGGAUGUUCCGCAACCGGCUAAAGAUCAUCACCGUGGGGGUCUUCUCCGGGCUGCCCAGCCUGCGGCUGCUGGACAUCAGCGAGAACGAGAUCCUCGUCUUCCUGGACUACACCUUCCGCGAGCUGGCGCACCUACAGCAGAUGGAGGCCAGCGAGAACGACCUGGUCUUCAUCUCCCAGCGCGCCUUCGUUGGGCUGGCCAAUCUCCAGGAGCUCAACAUCGACCGCUGCAACUUGACCGCCAUCCCUACAGACGCACUCUCGCAGCUGAGCGGCCUGGUCAGGCUGCGGCUCAAACGCCUGGGCAUCACUGCCUUGCCCAACAACUCCUUCCGUCGCCUGGGGCGCCUGAGGGAACUCGAGGUGUCCCACUGCCCCUGGUUGGAGUCCUUGGCAGGGAAUAGCCUUUUUGGCCUGAACCUGACCUCUCUAACAUUGAGUCACUGUAAUCUAAGUACGUUUCCCUAUGCCGCCCUCCAUCACCUGGUCUACCUUCGCUAUCUAGACCUUUCAUACAACCCCAUUACCUCCAUUCAAGGUAAACUACUGGGUGACCUGUUGAGGCUGCAGGAGCUGCACCUGGUUGGGGGCAGUCUGCUUCAGGUCGAGCUGCUGGCUUUCCAUGGCCUCGCUUAUCUCCGCCUCCUAAACAUCUCCUCCAAUCAGCUUGUGACGCUCGAGGAGGGGGCCUUCCAUUCGGUGGGCAACCUCGAGGUCCUAAGGCUGGACGAGAACCCGUUGGCGUGCGACUGCCGUCUGCUGUGGGUGAUGCGUCGCCGGCUGCGCUUGGACUUCGACGCCAACCCGCCGACCUGCAACGCGCCCAUCCAGGUGCAAGGAAGGUCCUUCCAGGACUUCACGGAGUCCGAGAUGCCUGGACUCUUCACGUGCCGGCCGCCUCGGAUCUUGAGCCGUAAGCCACAGGAGGUGAGAGUGGAGGAGGGACACACCGUGCCGUUACUCUGCAAGGCAGAUGGAGACCCCACCCCCUCCAUUUCCUGGCUCAGCCCCAAACACACCAAGCUCUCUCCGACGGGUCGGAUACGCAUUCUCCCCGAUGGUUCUCUGGAGGUGCGAUAUGCCCAGGUGCAUGACAGCGGCACUUAUCUGUGCGUGGCGUCGAACGCGGCCGGAAACGACACGUUUCCCGUGAGCUUGCGUGUCCGUGGCUUCCCGUCCUCCGGUCGCAACCGCUCCGCCUCGUACUUCCUGGAUGGAUGGAGCCUGGUGACGGCACCGACCGCUGUCAAUGGCUCGUCGCAGCAGACCAAACCAUACCCGUUCGACGCCAAGACGCUGGUGAUCGCCGUGACCAUGGGCUUCCUGUCGUUUCUCAGCUCCGUGGCCAUCUGCUUCGUGUUCAUGCUCUUCUGGAGUCAGAGCAAGGGCCAGAUCAAGCACACCGCCACCAUCGACUUUGUGCCGCGCUCCUCAGGGGGUGGCGGUGGUGGCGGUGGAGGUGCAGAACCCAGCAAGUUCACUAUGAAGCUCAUCUGAGGGGGAUGAUUCUGAUGCUGAUUCUGCACUGGGCAUGUCUGACAAGGCGGAAAAAAGAGGACGAGAACGAGAACGUCCCAGUUGGUUCUUUUGGAGAGGAAGAUGAAUAUGAUCAGACAUCGAUCAGAAACAUAAAAAGCUUGGGUGGUAGUGUCGCCACCUGGCAAUCGGUUGGCCUGGGUUUGAUACCCAAACCCACCAUUGCGAAUCCAUGUUGCUUUGGGUAAAAGCGUCUGCUAAAUACCUAAACACCAGUCACCUUUACCUUUCAAAAGAGAUAGUGUGUGUGUGUGGCAAUGCACUGGCCAGUGGUUUCCAUAAAGCAUCCAUGGACCACAGGAGACCAUAACAUUCAUUCAUUGCGCUGGUUAUGAGCUUAAGAGUCCAUACUGCAUGUCCAUGAGUUAAGCUGGAGGGCUCUACAUAUGUCUGCCUCGCUCUCCAAAUGAGUUAAAGGCUCAGCUCUGAGUGAGAAAAAAAACCUCUGUUGUUCGGAAAACCCCUGAUAUGUCUCUGAUCAUGGGGAGGAUAAUAAAUGCCUUGGUGAUCACGUGACCCAAGCAGUCUGAGAUCCCAUUGGAGGAAACUGUGCCACAGUCGGAGCUCUCAAUGGGGUUUAGUGUCUAUUUGUUUUGCCCAGUGCGUUUUUUAUUAUGGCAGACAUGCACUUCCACAGCCACUGGAUGAUGAGAUUAAAGAUUGGAUUUAGAUCCUAGGACUUUUAUGUAUGGAACCGCUCAUCUCAAAACAGGACUGGAAGUGUCAUUCACGUUUUUUUGAAUGAAGUCACAUGUACAUGGUUUGUUGUGACAAAAAUAGUCUCAACAGGGAAAAAAAAAACAUUUCCCUUUUCAAAUCACGUGGAGGGAAUUGAGAAGCACCAGAUUCUUGAGCUUGUUGACAGACAGCUGCAGCAAUACAAAAUAAACUCUGUGUUCAUUUAGAUUGUAUUGUCCACUGAUUGUCCAAUGAUAUACGCGUAUACCUUACAUCUUCCAGUAUAACAUUUUCAUUUGGAUCAAAAUGGUUCUCUUUCUCUAAACACA